AUGACACAAUACGACUCUAUAAGCAAGGAGUACAACGAGGUCUUCGACGCUCUUGGCUACCGAGAGAUGGAAGUCGCCAACGUUCGCGCUGCUUUCAAGCCCAUUCUCCGCCAUGACCUCCACAUCAUCGAAUUUGCAUGUGGCGCGGGCUUUUACACGGACAAGCUGCUGUCAUGGGGCGCAGGCUCUGUGACUGGGAUGGACAUAUCCAAACGCAUGAUUGAACUCGCUCGACUGCGACUCGAGUCAACUCCAUAUGACAACCUAGCGCGUUUCGUUGUCUCUGAUGGAACAGUUCCGCGCUCAUUCAGCGCCGGCGGCGAGUUGGAGGCAUACGACAUUGCGUUUGGUGCAUGGUUCCUGAAUUAUAGCGCGACAGCGGCCGAGCUGACUGCUAUGUUUACUAGCGUGGCAAUCAACCUGAAGCCAACCGGCGUGUUCAUUGGCGUCGUUCCGCAUCCCACGGAGGACCUCGAGACCCGGGCAAAAGCAUUCGCAACGGCUCCGCUGAAUCGGCUUUACCCGCGCAACGAGUAUACGGGCGAGCUGGAAAGUGGUGACGGAUGGGGGCUGCGCGUGCACCUUGACGAUCCGAGCAUAAACUUCAUGACGUACCAUCUACGUUCUUCCGUGUAUCAACAUGCGGCGCGCGCGGCGGGCUUGAAGGGCAAGAUUGAGUGGCGGCGCGAGACUCUGCUCGACGAUGAGAACUGGAGAGCGAAAUGGCGACUGAGCGAUGAGGAGUGGGCGGUCAGGGAGCAAAAUCCGCACUUGGGCAUACUGAUGAUUUGGAAGAAUUGA